UGCGAGUUUCUUCCUGUAACUCAGCCGGCUUGAGUGUUUCUGGGUGAAACCUUCUGAGUGACUCUCCUGGGUGCUGUGAGCGGAGCUCGGCAAGCUCAGAACUGCAGACAUGGAUGUAGUGACCUAUGAUGACGUGCAUGUGAACUUCACUCCGGAAGAGUGGGCUUUGCUGGAUCCUUCUCAGAAGGGGCUCUACAAAGAUGUGAUGCUGGAGACCUAUAGGAAUCUCACAUGUAUAGGCUACAUUUGGGAAGAUCAUACUAUUGGUGAACAUUUUCCAAGUUCUAGAAGACAUGGAAGGCAUGAAAGAAUUUAUACUGGAGAUCAACCCUCUGAGAUUACUCAUUGUGGCAAAGCUUUUGCAUAUCAGAGUCAUACUCAAAGGCAUGAAAGAACUCAUAGUGGAGAGAAACCCUAUAAAUGUAACCACUGUGGUAAAGCCUUUGCCGGAAACAGUGGCCUCGAAUAUCAUAAAAGAACACAUACAGGAGAGAAACCCUAUGAAUGUAACCAAUGUGGUAAAACCUAUGCAGGGAGGAGUGGUCUUAAAUAUCAUAAAAGAACACAUUCAGGAGAGAAACCUUAUGAAUGUAACCAAUGUGGUAAAGCCUUUGCAGCAAACAGUGCUUUACAAUAUCAUAAAAGAACACAUACAGGAGAGAAACCCUAUGAAUGUAACCAAUGUGGUAAAGCCUUUACAGGAAGGACUUUUCUCCAACAUCAUAAAAGAACACAUACAGGAGAGAAACCCUAUGAAUGUGACCAAUGUGGUAAAGCCUUUGCACAAAGCAGUCAUCUCAAAAUUCAUAAAAGAACACAUUCAGGAGAGAAACCUUAUGAAUGUAACCAAUGUGGUAAAGCCUUUGCAGCAAACAGUGCUUUACAAUAUCAUAAAAGAACACAUACAGGAGAGAAACCCUAUGAAUGUAACCAAUGUGGUAAAGCCUUUACAGGAAGGACUUUUCUCCAACAUCAUAAAAGAACACAUACAGGAGAGAAACCCUAUGAAUGUGACCAAUGUGGUAAAGCCUUUGCACAAAGCAGUCAUCUCAAAAUUCAUAAAAGAACACAUUCAGGAGAGAAACCUUAUGAAUGUAACCAAUGUGGUAAAGCCUUUACACAAAGCAGUGUUCUCCAAUAUCAUAAAAGAACACAUACAGGAGAGAAACCCUAUGAAUGUAACCAAUGUGGCAAAGCCUUUACAGGAAAAACUGUUCUCCAACAUCAUAAAAGAACACAUUCAGGAGAGAAACCCUAUGAAUGUAAUCAAUGUGGUAAAGCCUUUGCACAAAGCAGUCAUCUCAAAAGUCAUAAAAGAACACAUUCAGGAGAGAAACCCUAUGAAUGUAACCAAUGUGGUAAAGCCUUUACACAAAGUAGUAUUCUCCAAUAUCAUAAAAGAACACAUACAGGAGAGAAACCCUAUGAAUGUAACCAAUGUGGUAAAGCCUUUGCACAAAGCAGUCAUCUCAAAAUUCAUAAAAGAACACAUUCAGGAGAGAAACCCUAUGAAUGUAACCAAUGUGGUAAAGCCUUUACACAAAGCAGUGUUCUCCAAUAUCAUAAAAGAACACAACACACACAGAAGAAAAACCCUAUGAAUGUAACCAAUGUUGUAAAGCCUUUGCAGGAAGCAGUGACCUCCAGAAACUUAAAGAAACACAUUCAGGAGAGAAACCCUAUGAAUGUAACCAAUGUGGUAAACCCUUUGCAGCAAACAGUGCUUUCCAAUAUCAUAAAAGAACACAUACAGGAGAGAAAGCCUAUGAAAGUAGCCAGUGUGGUUAAGCCUUUGCACACACCAGUGUUCUCCAGUCUCAUAAAAGAACACAUACAAGGGAGAACUCCUAUGAAUGUAAACAAUGUGGUAAAGCUUUUGCAUAUAACUGUGUUUUCCAAUGUCAUAAAAGAACACAUACAGGGGAGACACCCUAUGAAUGUACCCCAUGUGUUAAGGCUUCGAAGUAAGGUGUCACCUCCAAACACAUAAAUGAACACAUACAGGAAAGAAAUGUAUUAAUGUAACCAAUCUAAAAUAUUUUUACAAAUCAAUAUUUUAAUAUGCAUAGAAGAACACAUAUUUAAGAGAGACCCUUUGAGUGUAUUCAAUGUGGUAAAGCUUUUUCACAAAGCAGUGGUCACCAAAGUCAUAAAAGGACACAUACAAGAGAGCAGUUUUUGAAUGUGAGCAAUGUGGUUUUAAACCUUUGUCACAAAACAGUGUCCUCCAAAUAUAUAAAGGAACUUAUACUGAAGAGAAAUGCUGUU